AUGUGGCUGAAUGAUAGUACUCAAACCGCCGAAACGACUUCCAUAAGUCCAUGGAAUAUGGAACAGCAGAGUCGUUGGGCAAAUGGUGGAAUUCAGUUAAAUGGUUUAACGUCUUGUGAUGAACGUUUACAUAAUCUCGUUCCGCCUGCAUUUCGCAAUGGGAGUGCUAAGGUCGUCUGGCAAGAUCCUAAAUCCUUGGUCUCUGUCAGACUGGGCUUGGUUUAUUUUCAUUUUCGAACUUCAAGUAUAAAGGAUUAUUUUCUAGAAGCUAAUGUGAACGAAGCAUUGGGAAUUACAAAUUGUUACGGGGCUCCAAAUUCACAAUUCUCCGAGCAGAACGGACUCAACGUUAGUUCUUUUGCUAAAAUUUCUCAACUUAAGGUGGUUGGAGUUUUAUGCUUUCAGUCAGCGAUUUCUCGAUUUUCAUUAUUUAAUGCAAGGGAGAUUGAUUUGACGUUUAGCUUUGCAUUUUAUCCUUUUUUAGACUUUACAAUAUUCGUUUCAGUAUCUAUUCAAAGCUCAUAUGCGGGUGGUGGUAGUGCAUGGAACCAAAGUGAAACAGUUCGUCCAAAUCUUUGGGAAUACAACACAACGUCAUCUGCACCUUUACCGAAUGGAUUUGGUGGUCCAGUUUUGGGUGGAAACGGAAUACAGCCGAAGGGUUGGUGUGGCUCAGAAGAGCAAUGGGAUACUUUAUCAAAGAGGAAUGUUUCGUUUGCUUAUGGUCCGCCUCCUGCUUUUAACAACUCAGGAAACGGUGCUUGGCAGCAGAAUGGUGUUCGGAUUCCGCCACCAGGAGCACGGUUUACUCCAUCUACUCCUUACGACGGGAAUUUGCUAAAUAACCCGACAAUGCAAUCUUCUGGGAUGCCAUCACCUAUUAGUGCCCCUCCUCAGAGGAGUCGUUUGCAGAGCCUUUGGAGCGCCGGACCAGCGGCUAAUAACGUUAUGGCUGGAAUUUGUGUUCCUCCUCCGAAUCGCGAAUACAACAUGCUCAGUUCUUCUGGUCCCUUUAUGCCACCAGCCCCAGUUAAUCCCGUUGGGUACGGAAUGCCAAAAAAGCAGUACGGUCCACCAUUUACAAACUCAGUUUCAUCACAAAUGCCUAUGGGCCCAGUAAAUUCUUCGGCGCCAAGUAACUCGUUCAUGGGGGAAGAUUCAGUAUGGCAGGAUCCAAAUCAAGAAUUACGGAAAUGGCAGCGCGAUACUGGGACUGCCAUCUGGGGCGAUCCUGAGAAGCAGACAAGAGAAAUUCGCCGCUGGCUCCCUCCGUUAGAGGACGAGGAUGGUUUAAGCACCAGUUCGGAUCCUAAACGCAAAAAGAUCAUACCACUGGGUUGGGGAGAUCUUCCCGUCUCAUUUAAUUCUUCAAAGUCUCCUGUCAGCACUAGCAGCGGCUUUUCGUCUAUUGGACAACCAACAAAUUGGGCAAGAAAGUCAUCACAGCCGGUUAUACCAUCGUCCAACAGCUUGUUUGAUUCGUCUCUGCUGAAUAAGACAUUGUCUUCUCAGACACUUAGUAAAAUAAGUUCGGUACUUGGUCAGGAUGAACUUGCGUCGCUUGUUGCUGCAGUUCAGAUUAAUUCUGCGAUGAAUGGAGACGGUGCGCUGACGGCAGGCAACGUACCAUUUAGUAAUGCUUUUAGUGGGAUUGGAGAUCCGCUUAAAGCAGAGUUACGUGAUGGAUUUACGUCUGUGAAGCUAAGUAUUCCCGAAACUCGUGGUAAGGGCCGUGAUGCGACUGUUGGAAACAUUUUAGAAGGAUUAAAAAGGUCAAUAAUUUUUGGUGCCUUUGAGAAGCUGAAAGAAUUCACGCUUUUGGAGAGUUUUUUCGACGUAAGGCGAAAAUUCUUUGUAGUUCUGUUCUGGCUUAUUUUUAUUGGUAAUGGUAGCGUCUACUUUUAUUUAUCCGGUGGAAACGUAGAGGGGUUAGCUGCUCUAAGUGAGGCAGCGACAGCAACUAUGCCUCGUUUUGGCGAUAGUUUGCUUGACGUGACGACGGGUUUGGAUCAGCCUAAAUCUUUGUUCUCAUUUUGA